ACGGGUCUCCCCGUGACCUUUCACUUCAAGAUGGCGGCCCCCAUGUCAGCAUCGAAGUUUUGGAAACCAGGUACCGAGGGCCCCGGUGUAGGUGUGUCUGAGGAGCGAGUGAGUUCUGCAGAAGCAAGUGGAACGGCAGUGAUUUACAAUCGAUAUGCAUCCCUCUCCAUAGAGCAACAGAGGCAAAAGCUUCCUAUCUUUAAGCACAGAAAUCACAUCCUUUAUUUGGUAGAAAACUAUCAGACAGUGGUGAUAGUUGGUGAAACCGGAUGUGGAAAAAGCACUCAGAUUCCUCAGUAUCUAUUGGAAGCUGGCUGGACAGCAGAGGGCCGAGUGAUCGGUGUGACACAGCCCCGUAGGGUGGCCGCUGUUUCCGUGGCAGGACGAGUGGCAGAGGAACGUGGUGUGGUGUUGGGUCACGAAGUUGGAUAUUGUAUCCGUUUUGACGACUGCACCGAUUUCCAGGCAACGAGAAUAAAGUUUCUUACAGAUGGGAUGCUUGUCCGGGAAAUGAUGGCUGACCCUCUAUUGAAGAAAUACAGUGUUCUCCUGUUGGAUGAGGCCCAUGAAAGAACCUUGUACACAGACAUAGCUAUUGGCUUAUUAAGAAAGAUUCAGAAGAAAAGAGGGGAUCUUCGACUUAUCGUGUCCUCUGCUACACUGGAUGCAGAGAAAUUUCGAGGUUUUUUCAAUCUGAAUGAGACCACGGACCCGAGUAAGGAUACCUGUGCCAUUCUCACCGUGGAGGGUCGGACGUUUCCAGUUGACAUUUUUUAUACUUUAAGCCCAGUUCCUGAUUACGUGAAAGCUACAGUUGACACAGUUACGAAAAUCCACCAGAAUGAAUCUGAUGGGGAUAUCCUAGCAUUUCUAACUGGCCAGGAAGAAGUGGAGAUGGUGGUUUCCAUGGUGAUAGAGCAGGCCCGUGCUCUUUCUCGCAGUGGGAUGAAAAAGCACCUCCGUGUUCUCCCUAUGUAUGCAGGGCUGCCUCCUGGCGAACAGAUGAAAGUCUUUGAAAGAAUGUCCCCUAACUGCAGGAAGAUAGUGGUGGCCACGAACAUUGCAGAAACCUCGAUCACCAUUAACGGGAUUGUUUUCGUCAUUGACUGUGGCUUUGUGAAGCUGAGAGCCUACAAUCCCAGAACAGGUAUUGAGUCUCUGGUGGUAACCCCAGUCUCCCAGGCAUCUGCAGCUCAGCGAGCAGGGCGGGCAGGUCGAAACCGCUCGGGAAAGUGCUUCAGGCUGUGUACAGAGGAAACCUUUGAGAAGCUGCCGGAAUCCACAGUGCCAGAGAUGCAGCGCAGUAACCUCGCUCCAGUCAUACUCCAGCUAAAAGCACUGGGCAUUGACAAUGUGCUGAGGUUCAAUUUUCUGUCUCCUCCCCCGGCCCAGUCAAUGGUCCAGGCACUAGAACUGCUUUAUGCACUAGGAGGCUUGAACGAUCAGUGCUUCCUUACUGACCCUCUUGGCCUACGCAUGGCUGAAUUCCCUCUGAAUCCCAUGUUUGCUAAAAUGCUCCUGGAGUCAGGAAACUUUGGGUGCUCACAGGAGAUUUUGAGUAUAGCGGCCAUGAUGCAGAUACAGAAUGUGUUUGUGGUGCCCCCAAACCAGAAAGGUGCAGCGGCCCGGGAGCACAGGAAGUUUGCUGUGGCUGAGGGAGACCAUCUCACAAUGCUGAAUGUCUAUGAGGCCUUCAUUAAGCACAAUAAAAACUCGCAGUGGUGCCAGAAACAUUUCUUAAAUUACAAAGGACUUGUUAGAGCCACAACAGUCCGGGAGCAACUGAAAAAGCUAUUGUCCAAAUUCAGAGUGCCGAAGAAAUCAAGUGAAGGUGACCCAGAUCCUAUCCUGCGAUGUAUUGUUUCAGGCUUCUUUGCGAAUGCUGCAAAGUUUCAUUACUCUGGAUUCUACAGGACCAUUCGAGAUGAUUAUGAGCUUCAUAUUCACCCAACUUCCGUAUUAUAUGGAGAGAAGGAACCACAGUGGGUUGUGUAUAAUGAGAUCAUCCAGACAUCCAAGUACUUUAUGAGGGAUGUGACCGCGAUCGAAUCUUCAUGGUUGUUAGAAUUAGCCCCACACUUCUAUCGGAGAAGAACUUCCAUUUCUCAGAGGGCAAAGAAAGCUCGAGUUACCUGAUUGUUUGUUCCUGUGACUCCGCUCUCCCCUGCAAGUGACGGGUCAAUCAGCUACUUGCAAAGCCAAAUUCUAUUUAUUUUUAUCAUCUGUUUGUGAAUGAACUUCGAUGCAGCUCAUGCCAUCAGAUUAUUUAUUGGUUAAAGUUAAAAAGCGGAGUUCAUUUAGGGAUCUCCAGUCUACAGGUCCAGAGUCCCUGAUAAUCCAGCCACCGAAGGAAAGGCACUCAGUUGCAUUAAUGUUUAUGUCUCUGAUUCGCUGGUUGGUCCUGUUUGAUUUUCAUGAGCUUGCAGGUUUAGAGAGUUGUAUUUUUUAGCAAUGUUGCCUCAUUUGAGCCUAAGUCCUAAUUCAUAAUAACAAGAUCUGCUUGUAUCAGCAAAGUGAGAUAUAUACAAAUUAAUUGGAAGCAUGUAUUUAAACUCACUUGAUAUGUGGUUUCUGAGCCUCCAUGGUGCACACUUAUUUAUUAGUCAACAGGACAAUAAGCUUGUACAUCCAUUUUUAGAUCAACCUACCUAUAUACAGUGUACAUAGUCUCAAACUGAGUCAUUCUGUGUCCAAGCUGCGAAGGUGAGAACAUUAUAGGCUCCAGUGCAAAGUAUCUUGUAAAAAUAUCUCUUAGGAAAUAAAUACACUCAGCUAUUGAAAUCAGGGCUUCCAGAGUGAUCCAUGGGUGUUCACAGUCACAAUAAAUGCAUAUUUUCUUGUUCAUUAUUUAACCUUCAGCUUCUUCUAUGAAGAAUAGUGCUUUCAACAAUAGUUGUGAAUGAGUAUGCUGCCUUCGUCCCUGUACAUUGUAUGCAUUUCUGUCUAUGAUGUGUUCCUUUCUUAACUUUUUUUUAAGAUAUCACAAAAUAAAUCCAUGCCUUAA